AUGGAGUGUAUGUUGAAAAAGAUAAAAAAGAAGAAAGAAAAGAUAAAAGAUGAAGCAUACUAUGUGAAGAAAAUUAAAGAGCUCAAAAACAAAACCAAGAAUUUUGCACUUGUGGCAACUAGUGAUGAUUAUGAAGACGUUGAGUGUGGAUGUGAGAAGUCAGAAAAAGAAGAGAAGGAGAAUAUCGAAGGAAGUGAUAAUGUAAAUGGUUAUCAAGGAACAUGUCUUAUGGCUUAUUCUUCAAGGUCAAAAAUCAUUGAAAAUGUAUCUCUCUUACUUAAAUCUUUUGGCAUUCUACCAUCUUCAUAUCAGGGUGUUUUAAAUGAUAUCGAAAAGAACUGUUUAUACAUUAAUAAUCUUAUUUCUAUGAGUAGUGAUGCAGAAAAGGAAAAAUGUGAACUUUAUGAAGCUGGAAAUAAGUUGGAGGAAAAAAAAGAAGAUUAUGUUGAAUUAGACGAUCAUUCAGAUACAUUUAGUGAACUAGACGGGAAAUUAAAUGUUGAUUGUUCUGAUUUAUCGAUGACCAAAGUUAACUCAUUAACUAAAAAUGAUGAUCAUAUUAAUUCGAUAUCGAAGGAUAAUUCUAAUCUUUUAUUGAAAAAUUGUAAGUUUUCAAAUGUUGAUUACAUUAAAAUCAAAAACAUCACACAUGAUAAAAACAAAUAUGAAAAUGAUUAUGAUAGUGAAAAGUUAGGUAGAGUUGUUGAAGAUCGCGUUUUUGAAGAUUCUAAAAAUUACAAUAAAGUGUUGAAUAAGAAAGGUCAACAUUAUCUUGAACAAAGUGUUGGUGUAUAUCCAAAGUUCAAAGAUUUUCCAAAUCAAGUGUUUGUUACAAAAGGAAAUUAUGAUAAAAUUGAUCAAAGAUUUAUUUCAAUGGUUAAUAAAGACAAUAUGAAAGUAACUUAUGCAGAUAAUAUGAUUCUAGUUGAUAGUGGUUUCUCGCGUCACAUGAUUGGGAAAAAGGAGUAUCUUAAAGACUAUCGGAAAUUAGACAAUGCUAGAGAAGUGAAGUUUAGUAACAAUAAAAAAUGUUCAAUCAAAGGAUACAUGAAAAUCAUGAACUAA